AGAAUAUCAAGAAUAUAGGGCGUGGAGAGUGAGGAAGCAAAAUGUAUAAAAAGGUGCUUUCUGAGACGUGCAGUAGGCAGAGACUGAAUGCUACAGAGAACCGUGCUCUUUGAAUUGCAGGAUUUUGACAGGUGCAAGUGUCAGUAUGGGGAAGCUACUACUGUGUGCAGGUUUCAUCCUUCUGCUGAAUCUGCAGCUUGGUUCUGCCUACAAGCUUGUGUGUUAUGUCACUAACUGGGAACAGUACAGGGACCCGCCAGCCAAGUUCACACCAGAUAAUAUAGACCCACAUCUGUGUACUCAUGUGAUCUAUGCUUUUGCUGGCAUGGACAACAACCGACUUACCACUAUAGAAUGGAAUGACGUGGAACUCUACAAGAAACUUAAUGCCUUAAAGCAAAGGAAUAAUAAGCUGCUCACAUUGCUGGCGGUUGGAGGGGGAAGCUUUGACAACCAGAAGUUCACUUCCAUGAUAUCCUCUCCAGCAAAUCGGCAGACAUUUGCCACCACAUCAAUCGAUUUUCUCCGCAAACAUGGGUUUGAUGGUAUGGACCUUGAUUGGGAAUAUCCAGGUUCCAAAGGCAGCCCUGCAGAGGAUAAGCAUCGCUUCACCAUCUUGACUCAGGAACUAAUAGCUGCUUUUGAGGAAGAGGGCAAAAGAACAGGACGCCCACGGCUGUUGCUUUCUGCUGCGGUAUCUGCUAGCAAAAACACCAUGGAUGCUGGAUAUGAAGUUGCUGCCCUGGGGAAGAGUCUUGAUUUAAUCAACGUGAUGACCUAUGAUUUCCAUGGAAGUUGGGCACCUCAAACAGGACACAACAGCCCCCUGCACAGAGGUCCACCUUCCUAUGACUCAACGCCCUUCUUCAACAGUGAAUAUGCCAUGAAAUACUGGAAGGACAAUGGAGCGCCAGCUGAGAAACUCAUGAUGGGCUUUCCAACAUAUGGACAGUCUUUCAAACUUGCUAGUUCACGAACCGACGUUGGUGCUCCAGCCAGUGGUGGAGGUUCUCCUGGACAGUACACCAAAACUUCUGGGAUCUUGGCAUAUUACGAGGUGUGCCCAUUUUUAAAGGGAGCUACCAAGGGCUGGAUCGAAGAACAGAAGGUUCCUUAUGCUUUCAAAGCUGGAGACUGGGUUGGAUAUGACGACGAGAAGAGUUUUCAGUUUAAAGCUGAGUUUCUGAAGAGGGAGAAUUAUGGAGGAGCCAUGGUUUGGACUCUGGGGAUGGAUGACUUCUCUGGCAAAUUCUGUGGCCAAGGAGCCAAUGUCCUUGUGAAUAAACUUAAGGGUCUCCUAGGAAACUGAGAACAUGAAGUAUCACACCAAGCAAAUAGAGGAAUGCAACGUGUUGUGGAACAAAGAUGGAUCCAUGUUAUAUCUCUCACCUCCUUGAACCUUUGCAAGCGAAAAGAUACUUCAAGAUAUUCGCUGCCUAUCAGCAUGUGAUCAUCCAGACUUGAGCAACCUGUUGUGGAAUCUUCCAUUACAAACUUUUGUUUGAGUCUGCUGCGUGUCUCAUUUUUCUUCCUUUACUGUUAAUCAGAUUUUGAAUAUCGUGAGAUUUAUGCAGAAUUGGAAUGCACAUGCUCUUUUUAGGCAACCUUGAUUUUCUAUUUCACUAUGCAAUCUAAUAA